UUUGGCCACACCAGCAGGAUGGCCAGCCCAGAGAAUGCCACCACGACGACUCACGACGACAGCUCGCCGUUUGCAAUCGACUCAUCCAUUUCAGAUCAAGUUCUGCGCAAUGCCAAAGGAGGUGUGCUCGUGACCAAAGAGCAAAUACGAGCCGCGUUUGACUUCUUUGACGUGGAGCGCAAGGGAGUCGUCACCAUGGAAAACCUCAAGUCAAGGCUUGGGAUUUUCUACAAAGACAUGUCGACACGGGAUUACCGCGUCUUGCUCAACAAUGAAUCCGAGCUGACGGAGCAAACCUUGUGCGACCUAUUGCUCGAAAACGACAUCGCGGACUACGAUCCCGUUGCGGAAGCGUUCCGUGCGUAUGACCCAGACGGCACGGGGUACGUCGGUCUGCCCCUGUCAAGAUGCGCAUCAAGGCUCGUCCAUGCGUAGGUUUGUGAGCUUGGAGGUUCUGUCCCGACUGUUUGAUAGUCUCGGGUAUGGAAAGUUGAGUGAAGACGACCUCCGCGUCCUAGUCGCGACCGCCGACGCUGACAAAGAUGGACAAUUGAAUCUCUCGGAUUUUCGGAAGCUGCUCGCAAUGUGAUGCUUCUAGACAAUCCAAUCAAAUUGCACGAUUUUCGAAUAAAUUUUUUUAUUGGAUGAAUUUGAA